CUCAAAAGUUAAACUUUGAAAGAACUUAACAAACAUUCUUCAUUGCUUUAAAUAUCAAUUUUUAUUUAGAUACCACUUCAUUUUAGAGAAUAAGAGAUAAUUUAUUUUGUAGCCAAAUAUUAAUGGCCAUGGACCUGGAAUACAUAUUUAGUUGAAACUGCUGGUAACAGUUUGGUUAAGUCACAGGAUAAAGAAAAACAUAAAUCAAGAUACUUAUAUAUUAGUGGCAACAUCAGGUAAGUGGGUUACAAGCAACGUGGGAAAAAUUCUUCAGUCCUAAGAUGCUAUCUGAUGAAGCCUUUGGGUUGGUGGAGGCUAUAGGUCUGUUUACAUGUUCUUAUAUUUUUAUUUUAUUUUGUCUCUAUAUAGGUAUGUACAUGUGAGUGCUGGUCCCUGCAGAGAUAAAGCUGGAAUUACCAGUGGUUGUGAGAUGUCUGAAGUGGGUGCUUGGAAUUGAAUCUGCAAGAAUUGAACUUGCAAGAGAUGAAGUUAUUAUUCUGAAAGCACAGAGCCAAGUACAAAACAAGACAGGACUCUAGAAGAGAUCACCUCAGAGAAGUGGCACCAGUCAUUGAUACUUUUCCUUGCAAGGGAAAUUUUCUCAAAAGGUGUGAUGGAGUCUUCAGCUUCCUGUUUACCUGGAUUCUUCUUGGUCUUCCUUCUCUUACAGAUCACAGUACUCACCCAAGCUAUGAGCUUGGAUAUACAGAUUAACAUCCGGGUUCCAAAUACAGAAGGGGUACUGGUGGAAUGUGCUUCAGGAAGUUUGAUCCCACCUGCUGAGAUGACAUGGAAAGACAGCAAGGGGAAUAUAAUUCCACAUUCAACCACAUUUGACUCUCAGGAUAGAGCUGGGUUGUAUUUGAAGAGCAGCAUUCUUCUGAAGAACAGAGUACAAGGUCCUAUUACUUGCUCCAUUUACAAUGUAACUACUAAUCAGGAGAAAAAGAGAAGUAUUGAUCUACCAGAUGUCCUGUUCAAAUCGGAGUAUAUGUCAUUGAUGUCAAACAAAUUUUCAUGUCCUUUAAUGUAUUUAAGCAUUAUACUUUUUCUUAAUUUUCUCAGAGGAAUACUUGUUUUUUGUUGUCUCAAAGGAAAACCUGUUUAUUUCAGAGAACUAAUGAGUAAAAUCAAUGAAGGUUUGAAUAGUAAAAUGAGAGCUUGCUGUCCACUUAUCUGGGAGUGUCUGCUGUUAGUUUUGUAUAUUUUCUUCCUCCCUCUCUACUUGAAUUUCAGGAGCCAAGCUUCUAUUUUGGAUGAUGCAUACCCAUUGUAUAGUAACUGGCUAUGGGACAUAUGCAUAAUCUUGGUUGUAAUGAUGAUAUUUUUCACUGGGCUCAUUUUGUUUCUGCUUUGGACCCUAAACCGUUAUGGUCAGAUGUCCUGCUUAUCCUCUAUGAAUAUGAAUCUUUCCACACAUGACUCUAACCAAAAUAGUUCUCAAUCUGCUGAGUUCCAAGAAAAUUAUGAUGUAAACUGCAACAUGUUCCUAGAACCUGGUGAAGAGGCAAUACUUAGUCAGCACCAAGAAAAUUAUGAACUGGAGAGCUUCAACCCUCUUCAGCCCUUAAGAUUGGAUUGCAGUCGCAACUGAAAAACUUGAGGCAGUAAAGAAAGACAAAAACGGAUACUGACUUGAACCAUAAGAUUUAUAUCUAUAUAAAGAAAGGUUUUCUGAUUAAAUUUGUUAUGUCUUAAAAGUUGAGAUUUUUAAAAAUACAUUUUAAUAAAAAUAGAAUUACAUUGCAUUCCCUCCUCUCUUUUCUUUCUCCAGCUCCUUUCAGGUACCCUCCUUUCAACCCUU